AUGCUCUCGACGCGUUGUACACGGCCGCCCGUGUUAACAGAGUUAGCCGAGUUAACAGUGCUGAGAGGGAGUAUUAUAACAACUCAGAUCGAGGUGCUCGCUGACGACGACGAGUCUGCGUUAACUGAGCGUGAGGACUUUGAUCGCCAGUUCUUUAGCCUGGUGGCACUCACGCGCAGCCUGCUCGGCGUUUCGUUCAACGGUGCUGGGUCUGAGGCGGGCUUCAAAGAUGCUGACUCAGGAAAGCAGACUGCUAUGGUGAACGUGAUCAGCGCGACCGGUAAGAAGUACGCAGCCCGUCUAUUGCUGGACAACGGUAGUACGGCGAAUUUUAUAACGCAAAGCUUAUCAGAGAAACUGGGUUUGUCACUAAGCGGUGCGAGCACCAAGAGGGGAAGUGAAGCCUGGAUCCCUGGUCCUCAUCAAGGA